AUGAAGACCCUAACAGUCGCCUUCGUGGCAUUGCUGGCCGCCUCCAACGUCUGGGCCGCCCCCGACACGCCCACCAGGGUUCUCCGCGAUGAGGGCGGCACCAAGGUCGCACGCCAGGCAAAGGGCAAGCAGAGCCCAUCCGAGUUUCCUCUGGAAGGCGCCCCCAAGUCACAGGGCUGCUACUCGUCCGUGGGCAACAUGACCCUCCACAAGGCCGUCGACAAGAUGUCGUCGGGCACCUGCAACCAGGCCUGCAAAGACGACAAGUUCUGGGUGUCCGGCCUCAAGGGCUCCAGCUGCUACUGCGGCUUUGCCCUCCCGCCCAAGGGCGACCUCGUCGACGACAAGAAGUGCAACUAUCCUUGUCCGUGGUACGACCCGGAGGCCUGCGGUGGACUGGGCACCCCCGGCUUCUUUUCAACAUUCAACCUUGGCAUCAACAUCGAGGCCACCAACCUGCAGUCUUCGUCCUCGUCCACCUCGAAGCCGACCAGCUCCUCGACUGCCGGUGAUGAGACGCCCUCGGCCCCCGUUGUCACCGAGACGGAAGCUGCGUCGCAGACGCCCGACUCUGACAGCAAGAGCAAACCCAACACAGCCGGCAUCGCCGCCGGCGUCGUCGUGGGUGUUGUGGGCGUCGCCGCCAUCAUCGGCGGCAUCUUCUUCUUCGUCCGCCGGAGACGUAACGCGGAGAUUGAGGAGGACCACCGCCGCAAUGCCGCCGUCAACGCGUUCAUCAACGGCUCGAAGCCGCCCGGCAGCAGCGGCAGCAUCUCCAUGACCGAUGCCCGCCUCGACCCCGUCAUGGCUCACCGGAGAAUGAGCGACGGCAGCAUCGCCGACAACGAGGACUAUUCCCGCAGGAUCCUUCGGGUAACCAACGCAUGA